GCCGCCCACGAGUAACCAAAAGCUAUUUCUUCUGUAUUCAUUUGGUCUAAUUCUCAUUCUCAUCUAAAAUUCGCUAUCAUAAGUUCAGAGAGCGGGAUACCUCAUUGUCUGAAAUCAAAAGCUUUCGAGUUUCGACACCAGGGCAAGCCUUUUUUCUUUUUUCUGCUCGAAAGCUCUUGUUUAGUUUCGAAGAAAGGAAUUUGAUCUCUUUCCUUCCUGCAAUAAUUUUUUAUUGAAGAUCCUCGUUAAAUUGAGGCAUACUUUGGUGCAUUCCCUGCAAUUCUUUCAUAUUUACGAAAUGUUCUUCAGUGGAGUUUCAUCGACUCGAAAGAGAGUAGAUUUAGGUGGAAGGAGUUCGAAGGAAAGGGAUAGACAGAAGGUCUUGGAGCAGGCACAGCUCGAGAGGAAGCGCCGUUUGAAUUUACGGCAGCAGAAUUCUGCUGCUCUUAAAAUUCAGAAAUGCUUCAGAGGGAGGAAGGCUGUGGAAGCUGAGCGUUCUAAAAUGCGAGAGCAGUUCUGCCUAACUUUUGGGAAGCAUUGCCAAAAGGUUGACAGGAAUUGUUUCAAUUCUGAUUCAGGGUUCCUUCAGCAGUUGCUCUUUUUCUUCAAUGCACGUAACAAUGGAGAUUUUGAAGCCCUUGUGGAGGCGUGUCGAUUGCUUCAUCGGUUUGUUCGAGCCAAUGCAGUGGAUAUUGUGGAGCUCUUUGCAGGCAUGGACUACAAGCCAAAGAAUGCUAUCAUGGAUAACAGAGUGAAGCGACUUGCAUUUGCUUGCCUUCAGGCUGUUCAUCAUAAUAGGAAUCAUCUUAAGGAUCAGCUUUUGAUGUCAUCUGAGUGCACCAGUGUUCCGGCAGUCAUCUUGCUUGAGGCAGUGGUUAUCAUGACAGAUCCAAAACUUCCAUGGGCUUGCAAAGUAGUUGGUUAUCUGUUGCAAAGAAAUAUAUUUGUGUUAGUGAGAGAUAUUGUUGUCACUGCAAAGCAAAGUACAAUGGCUCGAUCCACUAAAGGACAGAUUUCUUCUUUGGAGCAUUUUCUUAUUCUUAUGGCUUCUCAUGUUGGUCAGCAGCCUUAUACUUGUACGAAUAUAGAUCCAAGAUGGAGUUUUUUCUCCCAAGUUCUUACCAUUCCUUUCAUGUGGCAGCUUUUCCCACAUUUAAAAGAGGUGUUCACAAAUACUGGGAUGAGCAAACAUUAUAUUCAUCAGAUGGCAUUGCAUGUGCAUGGUCAUGCCAAAACUCUUCCUGAUGAUUUAUCACGAGAAUUUCCUGGGUAUGCCUGCCUUCUUGGAAAUACAUUAGAGAUUGCUGUGGUUGCUUUCUCUCAACCAAACAGCUCCUUUGAUAUGGCUGUAGACUUUGCGGUGGUUUCCGCAUUUAUGUUGGAGGCGUUGCCCCCAAUUAAGUCACCAAACAGAGAAAAUAAGGGAGAUUCAUCUUCGGGUAUUGAUGAAAUGGCUAUUGAUGAGGAAUGUAUUGUAGAGGGUAUUAAUGUGGAUUUGAAACAGCAGAUUAUCAAUGCAAUUGAUUCACGCCUCCUUCAGCAAUUGGUUAAUGUAUUAUCCAGAGGUACCUCACUUAGCAGAUCACCUAAAAAUGGGCCAGAAAAUAAGGUGGUGGAAGCAGUUGGGGCCAUUUGUGCUUUCCUGCAUGUUACGUUCAGUAGGUUACCUCUUGAGCGGAUUAUGACUGUAUUAGCAUACAGAACUGAGCUUGUUCCUAUGCUUUGGAACUUCAUGAAGUGGUGCCAUGAGGAUCAACAAUGGCCAUCUUUGUCUGGCCAGACAGAUCAUCUAUCGGGAGAGGGCCCUGGUUGGCUUUUACCUUUAGCUGUCUUUUGUCCUGUAUAUAAGCAUAUGCUUAUGAUAGUUGAUAAUGAGGAAUUCUAUGACCAGGAGAAACCACUGUCUUUAAAAGACAUCAGAGGCCUGAUUGUUAUUUUGAAACAGGCCUUGUGGCAGCUCCUUUGGGUAAUUCCUAUGAAGUCUCCUAAUGCAGUGAAAUCUUCCACCACCCAUUCAACCAUCAGGAGGAACUCUGUUGAUUUCAUUCAACAGAGGGUCAGCAUUGUAACUUCUGAGCUUUUGGCACAGUUACAAGAUUGGAAUAAUAGGCGGCAGUUUACUUCCCCAAGUGUCUUCCAUGGCCAAGCUCAGGAAGCUGUGGAUGAGGUUUUCAUUUCUCAGGCUCUUACUGAAAAUACCAGAGCAUAUGACAUACUGAGACAAGCUCCUUUCUUGGUGCCAUUUACAAGCAGGGUUAAAAUAUUCACCUCACAGUUAGCUGCCGCAAGGCAAAGAAAUGGACCUCAAGAUGCUUUUACCCAACAUAGAUUCAGAAUAAGGCGGGAUCGAAUUUUUGAAGAUGCUUUUAAUCAGUUGAGUGCAUUAACUGAGGAGGAUCUUCGGGGAGCGAUCCGAGUAACAUUUGUCAAUGAAUUUGGAGUUGAAGAGGCUGGAAUUGAUGGUGGUGGGAUAUUCAAAGAUUUCAUGGAGAAUAUCACUCACGCAGCUUUUGAUAUGCAGUAUGGGCUAUUUAAGGAAACAGCUGACCACCUUCUAUACCCUAACCCUGGCUCAGGAUUGAUACAUGAUCAACAUCUCCAAUUUUUCCAUUUUCUUGGUAGCAUUCUGGGAAAGGUUGAGCUACGCUUGCUCUCUAAAAUUGUUGUUUUAUUGCUUUUGGCCAUGUUUGAAGGUAUUCUUGUUGAUAUUCCAUUUGCGACGUUCUUCUUGAGCAAACUAAAACAAAAGUACAACUAUUUGAAUGACUUGCCUUCAUUAGAUCCAGAGCUAUACCGUCACCUCAUUUUCUUAAAGGUGAUUUUCUCAGAUUUUAUUAUCUAUUUCUUCGUCUUCUGGAUCAUUUUGAAAUUUAAGUCCUGCAAAUAUAGAUCUCCUUCUGAAUUUUUUACAGCAUUUGAAAAUUUAUUUUUUGCAAUAUAAUUUUUAGUCAUUAAA